UCGUCGAGGCCCUCACCGCAGUUGUGUGACCGCGUUCGGCGGGCGAGCACGGAAAAUAAGACAGUGGGACUACAAAAAAGCCACUAGAUUUGUGCAUUGCCUCAAAUAAAUACAGUUCGUAAAUUAGUCGCGACUGGUGACAGUGCCUCGAUAGCCUGAUAAGGCAAGUGUUCCGGGAAAGUGAUACCAGGGCGAAGUGAAAUCAUGAGGAGGUGUCGCAACACCCCGCUUGCAAUUGUCAUUGCCCCGAUCUUGAUUUGUGCUUCGGUUGUCUUGGCCCAGGAUUUUGGAUAUGAGGGCAGAUAUGGACCCGAGCACUGGGGUGAGGAUUAUGCCCGGUGUAGUGGAAAGCACCAGAGUCCCAUAAAUCUCGACAAGGUUAAUGCCGUGGAGAAGAGGUUUCCCAAGCUGGACUUUUAUAAUUUCAACGUGGUGCCCAAGGCAUUUCAAAUGUCGAAUAAUGGUCACACGGUGCUGGUGAAGAUGUCUUUCGACGAGGACACAAUGCCAACUGUGCGAGGAGGUCCUUUGGCUGAGAAAACUCCUUUGGGCUACCAGUUCGAGCAGUUCCACUUUCAUUGGGGCGAGAACGAUACGAUCGGCAGCGAGGAUCUAAUCGAUAACCGUGCGUAUCCCGCCGAGCUCCAUGUGGUCCUGCGAAACCUGGAAUAUCCUGAUUUUGUUAGUGCUCUGGACAAGGAUCAUGGCAUCGCCGUUAUGGCCUUCUUCUUUCAGAUUAGCAACAAUUCCACUGGUGGCUAUGAGGGCUUCACCAACUUGCUCUCCCAGAUUGACCGAAAAGGCAAAACCGUGAACAUGACCAAUCCACUUCCGCUGGGUCAGUACAUCUCGAAAUCUUUGGAAAGCUACUACAGCUACACUGGUUCUCUGACAACUCCGCCUUGCAGCGAGGAAGUUACCUGGAUCGAUUUCACAGUUCCCAUCGACAUUACGGAGAAGCAGUUGAGCGCCUUCCGCCUUCUGACCGCCAACGAUGAUCACCUGAAGAACAAUUUCCGGCCCAUCCAGCCACUGAACGAUCGCACCUUGUACAAGAACUAUAUUGAUACACCGAUACACAACAUGGGCUCGGUUCCGUUUGUGAAUGCCGAGAAUGCGGCUGGCAAUUGCAGGUGGAGGCCCCUUUCCCUGGCUGUCCUGCUACCCAGUUUCGUCCUCGUGGCUCUGUUAAGGACCUCCGUUUUCAGUGGUUUUUAAUUAGAAUUCUGCGGCGGGGAAUCGAAGGUUAAAUCGUUAAAUGCCUAGCAUGCGCUUAGGCGUCCAAUUAAGCGCUGUAAUUUACAUUUUCCGCUCUUGUUCGCCGUCGCUGUUUGUUGUUCAAACACGAGUGCCGGUAAUUUCCUCGGCACGGGUUCCUGCCGGCAGGACAACCAUAUAUAUAUAUCUACGGACAAACAAUCAGGCGGUGGCACAGAGAAAUUAUUAAGCCCAAACGGGCGGAGCUUCAGCUGGCACGAUACCCUUACUUAUCAAUUAUGCAGCACCUCGCACAGAGACUGUCACAUUCAACAGUAUCGCAUCCGUAUUCGUAUUCGUAUUCGUAUCCGUAUCCGUCCAUCGUCCAAGGAAGCCUGUCAGUGCGAAGGAAACCCACUUGGAAUUGCACAUUGUGAUUUUUAAUGCUUGGCACAAGCAAAGCUUUUUAUUCGUGUACUUUAGGUUUAAGUUUUGUAAACAUAAAACCGUAAUAAAAUGUAUUUUUUGUUAAAUUAUA